AUGGUGAGUGGCAACCCUAGCGGGGGGGCGGUUGGGCUGCUGUACGGCGAGUGGGAACUUGGGGCGGGGCUCAAGAUAGACGGCGACGCCGCCUCCAAGUACUACAACUGCUGCAUGGUGAGUGGCAACCCUAGCGGGGGGGCGGUUGGGCUGCUGAACGGCGAGUGGGAACUUGGGGCGGGGCCCAAGAUACACGGCGACGCCGCCUCCAAGUACUACAACUGCUGCAUGGUGAGUGGCAACCCUAGCGGGGGGGCGGUUGGGCUGCUGUACGGCGAGUGGGAACUUGGGGCGGGGCUCAAGAUAGACGGCGACGCCGCCUCCAAGUACUACAACUGCUGCAUGGUGAGUGGCAACCCUAGCGGGGGGGCGGUUGGGCUGCUGUAUGGCGAGUGGGAACUUGGGGCGGGGCUCAAGAUACACGGCGACGCCGCCUCCAAGUACUACAACUGCUGCAUGGUGAGUGGCAACCUUAGCGGGGGGGCGGUUGGAAGAUUGGGGGGGGGGGGGGCAGCAGUAGAGUGGAACGGGGCGGUAAUACGCACCAUUCUCCUCCACCCGACGCCCAGCGUGCAUGGCGAUGUUGCCUCUAAGUACUACAACUGCAUGGUGAGUGGCAACCUUCGAGCGGGAAGGCAGUUGGGCAGCUGUAUGAUAAGGUUCUACUACCAGCAGAACGGCAGGAACUACGGCUCGCUGAGCGUGGACGUGGUCGAAGUCACCACCAGGGGGAACAUCACCACCUCGCUCUGGUUCUCCACCAAGGACAAAGGCGAGAACUGGUACAGGGCGGCCAUAUUCCUGCCGAACAUCACGCGCCGGUACUACCUCCAGUUCAAGACGCGCAUGGGAAUGAGGAUCUACUCGGACUCCGCCAUCGACGACUUCUCUAUGGCGCCGGAGUGCUUUGGCCUAAACAUGGACCCUAAAGAGCUCGGCGAAUACAACUACUACGACCCCGCGCUGGAAGAGAAGACGGAGCCUCAUCCUGACUUCGAGGACGUCCCGUUGUACCGUUUCACAACGUGCGGCGCCACCGGCCGCUCCGGGCCGAACCAGACGAUGUGCGACGCGGCCUACUUCAACACCUCGGUGUCCGUCACCGUUGUGAAGGAGCCCCCCUUCCAGGGCAUCCAGAUAUGGGAGGUGCCCUCGGAGGGCAUGUACACGAUAAUAGCGACGGGCGCCUCGGGGGGCCUGGGCUCCGCCUGGACGGGGGUCUCGUACGCGGCGCAGUCGCGCGGCCUCUUCGAGCUGCACAAAGGCGAGCGGUUAUACAUGUUGGUGGGGCAGACGGGCGUCAGCGCCUGCAAAAAGACUUUGUCGGCGCAAGAGAGUCAGGAGUGCUCCCGUAGACCUUCGAACGAUAGCUUCAAUCUGUUCACGAGCAAAACGCAUGAAGUGCGGAAUACCGAAGUUCACGACGGCGGCGGAGGCGGCGGGGGCGCCACUUUCGUCUUCGUGAUCGGUAAAGAGGGGCAGGCGUACCCCCUGCUCGCCGCGGGGGGCGGAGGGGGCGUCAGCGUGGGCGUCUUCCGGGACGACGGCUCGCAGCACGCCCGCGCGCGCACCAACGCUACGCCGGAGUCGGGCUACAUGUACGGGCCGCCGGGGCGCACUUCCGGCGCCGGCGGUGGUUGGAUGUCGCGGGUGGGGCCCAGCACGCCCGGCCACGAGCUGGUGCGCGGGGCCGCGCUGCUGGAGGGCGGCGAGGGCGGCAGGGCCUGCGCCGGCCUCGCCGACGGCGGCUUCGGCGGCGGCGGUGGCGGCUGCCUCAGGGGCGGCGGCGGCGGCGGCUGGCUCGGAGGCAACACGAACGAGGGCGAGGGCCAGCACGGCGGCGGCGGCUGGUCGUACGUGGACCUGGCGCGCGGCGUGCAGGGCUACUCGCACGUGGGGCCCGCAACGCGCACCGGCCCCGGCGAGGUGCUCGUCGUGCCCGCCGUGCACAAAUGUGGUUGUGCCUACCGCUGCGUCGCUCUGAACGAGCACAUAAGCGAGGUGACUUGCUACUGUCCCAACACCUGGAUCUCCGACUACACGGACCCCACGAAGUGUAUACUGGAAGAGCACUGGACGAAGCAAUGGCUGGUACCGUCCCUCAGUGGAGUCCUCGCUUUAGUCUGUUUGCUGCUCACGGGUUUCGCCUGUCUUAAUAUGUACAACGGGUACCAGCGGCGGCGCGAGGCCGAGCAGACGGAGAAGCAGCUGAUGGAGCAGGACAUGCAGCUGCACCGGCUGCGGCACGCGCCCGCCGGCGACGGCGCACUCGCGAUGGCCUUCAACCCGCACUACGGCGGCGAGGGCGUGCUGCCGCGCGGGGUCGACGUGCGCGGCCUGCCCAAGGUCUCGCGCGAGAGCCUCAAGCUCGUCAAGGCGCUGGGGCAGGGCGCCUUCGGCGAGGUGUACCAAGGCCUGUACCGGCACCGCAGCGGCGACACCGCCGAGAUGCCGGUGGCGGUGAAGACGUUGCCCGAGCUCUCCACCGGCCAGGCGGAGUCCGACUUCCUAAUGGAGGCCGCGAUAAUGGCCAAGUUCAACCACCCCAACGUGGUGCACCUGAUCGGGGUGUGCUUCGACAGGCAUCCGCGAUUCAUUGUCCUGGAACUACUGGCGGGUGGGGACCUGAAGAACUUCCUCAGGGAGAGCCGGCCCAAGCCCGAGAGGGCCAGCGCCCUCACCAUGAAAGACCUGAUUCUUUGCGGCUUGGACGUGUGCAAGGGGGCCAGAUAUUUAGAGGGGUUGCGGUUCAUCCAUCGGGACAUUGCUGCGCGCAACUGCCUGCUCACGUCGCGCGGGCCGGGGCGCGUCGUGAAGAUAGCAGACUUUGGUAUGGCGCGGGACGUCUACCGCGCGGAGUACUACAAGAAGGGCGGGAAGGCGAUGCUGCCCAUCAAAUGGAUGCCCCCGGAGGCGUACGUCGACGGGAUCUUCACGAUCAAGACCGACGUCUGGUCGUUCGGGGUGCUCCUCUGGGAGAUUUUCUCUCUGGGUAUGAUGCCGUACACCGGCUGCAACAACAGACACGUGAUGGAGCUGGUCUCCAAGGGGGGCAGGCUGGGAAACAAUCACGGUUGCCCGGAAGAGAUCCACAAGCUGAUGCAAACGUGCUGGAACCCAAUUGCCAGCCAGAGGCCCACAUUCUCGCAGCUAUUCGACCGGCUGCAGCGUUUCCUACAGGACCCGGCGAUCUUGAACUCGCCACUGCCCGGUCCGCACAGGCUAAUAGCGAAUUACACCAACGCUAUGAUCGAGGAGAUCGUAUACGAGCAAUCGACGGACGCCGACUACCUGGUGCCGAAGCCGCCGCUGGACGCGCCGCCCGACGCCAGCUCAACGGAUCAGACGAGCCCUCAUAGCAAAGAGCCGGCGGAGACGCCGGAACAACUGGGAACGGUAGAGGUUUCACCAUAUCAACCUCUUCUGAAAGCAUCACCAGAAUAUGGCAACAUUCCAAUGGUGACAUUGGGCGGCGUAAGGCGCGCAAGCGCCUCCGCUACUUCCGGCGGCGAGACGCGGACAAGCACAAAGUUUCUGCCGUCUAAGUCCACCGACAGGCUGCUGAGCUCGGUGGAGGGCGUCUCCGUGGACGACGGCAUCGCGGCCGAAGAUAAGGAGGGGAAACCGGUGAUCUGGGAGACCUCGUUCACUAAGCCGAGGUCCAAGGGAGAAUCCGACCCCAAACAGAGCACCGAAACGGGUCCCGCCGUCGACAAGUUAAUAAGCAUAACGCCGACCUCGCCUAAGCCGCCCGACAACGCGCUGUCACAGACGAUAGAGGGGGAGGGGAAGUUGGAAGAGGCACCAAAGGUUGGGGGGGAGGCUGCGGUCGUAAAACGGUCGCCCGAGACGAAACCCAAGCAGCCGCAGGAGCCCCGGCCCGCGCCCAAACCGAAGCCCCUUUGCCUCGACGCCGCCCAACUGGAGCAAAACCUAAACACGCUCAAACGGAACAGCGGCUCGGUGAACCUGGCCACGAUGAACAUCGUCCCGCCAUACAUCAACGUGGUGACGCCGAGCAAGCUGUCGGGCGCGCCGCCGAUCCAGAUAGACCCCAAGCGGGCGGUCAUCCACGGCCUCGAGGAGCCGAAGGCCGUCAAGAGCCUCAUCAACGGGCCCCUCACGGAGCUGCCGUACGCGGACAGCGACUCCAACGGCUCCGGGGGCAGCCACGGCGGGCUCAAGCGCCGCCACUAUGAAACCAUCGGCAACGGAAACGGCAAGAAGCCACCCGACUCCGAGAUCAGCUGU